CAGGGCGCUGCAUCAGCAAAAAAGGCAGCCUUUCACACUGCAACCUCGCGUGCGUGCCCGCCUUGAUACUCUCUCUCGCUCUGCGGCGAUAAGGCAGCCUUUUUUGCAAGCACAAUGCUCAGGCAGCCGCACCGAAGCAAAAAGGUGGCACCAAGCGGCACCUACAAUGACGGCUGGAGCGAGGCGGACAAUGCAGCCCUGCAAAAGCUGCUGCAGCCGCUGCGGCAUGACCCGCCCGACAUCGAUCCGCUCGGCUGCUUUGGCUCGGAGGCGCGAGGUCUCGCGUGCGCGUCGCGCGACAUGGUCUACGACCGGACGAUGUCGUUCCUGUCGACGCUGAACGUGAUGUCCGGGCUCGUGCUGGCCGCCAUCGCACCUCUGGCGCUUUAUCCACUGGACACGAAGACGCUGCCGGCGGGGCCGAAGCGGCAGAUGGGCGACGUGUUCAACGUGAUGGCGUACGCCGCGGUCACGACCCAGAUAUGUGUGGUCAUGUUCUCGACAUAUUGCCUACUGAUGGUCGCCGCGCACGCGCACACGCCUGCCAUGCUCUAUCGGGCGCUGCCGCACUCGGGAUUCCUCUUCGGCGCCUUUCAGGUGGGCAACUACCAACCUUUACUCCUCUGGCUGACGAAGAUGGUUCUUGGCUGUGUUGAACGUCGCGUCGACUGCGUGGGGCGCCUGGAAUUCGAUUCCACACAGGUUCUCGGUGCCCAUAUACAUAUGGCCACGGCCUGGGCCAAAUGGGCCUGUACCGGCACGGUCAUCGCGAUCUACCUCUUUUUCCAUGUCACGUUCGGGCUGAGCAGCUCGAGGGCAUGGCCGCGCGGCUACUGGGGGUGGGCCGGCCUUACGUUGCCUUACCUUUUCUUCAAUGAUCGCUUCCGUCGAGACGUGGUAGCCAACUCGUCUUCAUAUUUCGCAGCUGCCGAGCAGGGCGUCCUGGCCGGCAAGGACGAGGACCACGAUGGCACCGUAGACAGGGGUCCGCGAGAGGUCUCGCCGGCGGAGCAGGAGCUCGCGACGUUCGUGGCCGCCGCCCUCCCGGACCUCGUCGACCCGCGGCGCGGAACGGUCGUGCGCGCAAUGGCCGUCGAGGGCCUCACGGUGCCGCGCAUCGUCGCCGCGGCGAAGCAGUCGGGCGGCUACGCGGCGCUCCUACAGACGCUCGAGCUGGGCAGCCGCGGCGUCGAGCUCACGCGCGGGGAGCGACUGGCGCUCGCCACGGCGGCGAUCAGUUCAAGUUAGUGUUUUUAUGUACUCUAUGAG